GAGGUUGUUGUGUCUGCUGCUGGAAUAAGAAACACUGAGGAUAUGAAACAGUUGGUAACUUUGCAUGCCGUCGUUUAACGGGCGGCUCGGUUAACGGGUUGUUCACCGGUUAGUUGUGUGGCUGGAGGCGGACAGGCUCCUCGCCGUGCUGAGGAGGAGUGAAGUUAAUGAAAGCUGCUCGGAGCCUGUGAACAAAGAGCUGCUCUUCCCUCUACCAUUGUUACCGAGCGGAGCGCCGAUUUCUAACUCAUUCAGAGGUGGUUUCUACUGUUAAAGUGAGGGGCAGCCUGGGCUCCAGUCAUGACCUCUGGGAAUGGGAACACUAACAGCAACAGCAGCCAACAAAAUGGAGAGAGCAAGCCAGCCCAGGCCCUAGUCAAGUCCCACAUCCUCACCCAUCUGAUAGAAGGCUUCGUUAUCCAGGAGGGAGCUGAGCCUUUCCCUGUGGAACGCCCAUCUUUCUCAAUUGAGAGCUUAAGGAGACACACUGCAGACUCAAAGAUGGAUGGCUUCUCACCAAAGGAGUUAAAAGUCCAGCAGGAGCCCAUGCUGACCUGUGAGCUGUGUGGCAGGGUGGAUUUUGCCUACAUCUUCAAAAGGUCCAAGAGGUUCUGUUCCAAUGUGUGCGCCAAACGUUACAAUGUGGGAUGCACGAAGAGAAUGGGUCUCUUCCCAAACCGCAAAACCACCCUGGAGAACAUGAAGAAACAAAGAGCAGUGAACGGAAAUCACAAAAACUGCAGUUUAGACUCAAGGAAGAAGAAGUCGGCUACUGCUGCUCUGUCCACUGGUCACUCGGUCCAUCCUGCUCAUGGAGAGUCCAGCCAGUGCUCAGACUUAUCUGUCUACAAAGGAGCCCUGUCCCCCCUGUCGGCCACGCAGCCCCACAGCUUCCUGCCCAGUGAUCCUGGCCAGUGGAACAUAGAGGACGUCUAUGAGUUCAUCUCCCUUCUGCCAGGUUGUCUGGAGAUCGCCGAGGAGUUCCGCUCUCAGGAGAUCGAUGGACAGGCACUGCUGCUGCUGAAAGAAGACCAUCUCAUGGGAACCAUGAAUAUCAAAUUGGGCCCGGCACUCAAGAUCUUUGCCCAGAUUAGCACACUUAGAGACUCAUAGCCCAUCUCACCGUUGACACACACACACACACACACACACACACUGCUCUACUGUGACUGGACAAAUACGAUGUGCUCAGGAUCCCACGUGUUGAGUUCAGGGACUGGGCCAAACUUGUUUAAGUGACAUUUUGUCAUGGCCUGCUGAACAAGAGGACUUCAGCUUGGACUGUUGGACUCAACUUUUACACUACUAACUUCACUCUGGAGGCAGGAAAACUUGAGCCCAUAAUUUGACAAAAAGGGUGUGUUUGCUAGACAUUUGUUGGGAAAAGUGUCUCAUUGAGAACAUAUUGUUUUUUAUGACCUAUUACUGUACCCUGGGUUGCUACAAGAGAGGCUUAAGGUUAGCAGUUCAGUUGUUUUAGUAUUUCUCAGAAGAGCAUGAUGGAAAUUUGGAGAUUUCAGAUCUGUGCUUGCUGUUUUAGUCAGUCCAAAAAUAUACCUGCUUUAUUCCAUGAUCGUAUGCUGUGCAUCCUGUCCAGAGCUACAGUGACUUUAUCCUGAUCCAGGACUUUGAUUCUACCUAUCAAGGCUUUGCACUGCCAACUGUGAACAUUUCAGACACUGAGCCGCUCAUUAAAUUCUUCACAGUGUUUUGUAAAUACAAACUCAGUGGAUGGUAGCACUUAAAAUGUGGAAAAAAUGACACCAGGUACAUAAAUGCAUGAUUUUUCUCUGACCAAGAACUCAUCCAUUAAAAUCAAUACAAACCAUAGAGGAAGGAAUGUCAAGAAGGGAAGCUAUAGAAAAGAAAAUCCCAUUUCAUUUAGUGGUAUUGCUGAAAUGUCCCCUCCAGCUACCGGUGACGGCACUGAGCACCUCUCCAUUUUUGAAAAAGAGCCUGAGCUGUCAUUGAUUGUACAUGGUUGACUGUCAACUUCAGUGCAAGACAUUUUUCUUUGUAAUGUCAUCAGUAGACUGAGUUUCUCAGUUUAUUUGUGACUUUAUGUUUUCUGCAUGCAUGUGCGUGCACUUUUACCUGCAUAGUACCGGCUGGAAUACGUUUUUAGCCAAGAGUGAGGACAUUUGGCCGUUCCUCACUUCUUCACAGGCCUGGUUCAGGGUUAAGACUUGGUUUGAAGGUUCAGGUCAGGGUUAGGGGAUAAGAAGUGCAUUAUAUCAAUGAAGGGUCCUCUCAAGGUAGAAGGAUGUGUGUACGUGAAUUUUAUGAGUUGCUCAGUUCCUAAGAUGGCGAUGCGUUGACUGUGAUGGUAGUUUGAGUCCUGAUUCAGAGUUCAGAUAUCUCCCACAGAGCCCACAGAGUGUGUUCAGGGCAAAACUGGGAAUGGUGGGAAACUGCUAGCCUGACUCCAUUCCAGUUGGGAAAAAAUAAACAUCCAACAACUCAAAAGCUCUCUGUCUGAUGAUAUCACACAUUCUUACUCAAAAAACAAAUCUGUUCUUAUUUAUACUUCUGAGUCACAGUGUCUCUGUACAGGGCCAUGACAACACUGACACAUGUAAAAUGUGAUUGUAUGGAUUCAGCUCUUCAGUGCCGUUUGAAUAGUUUCUACAAAUGUUGGGCUAAAUUUGAUCAGAAAGGGAUUCAGCUCUGUCAAUUUGGUCGACUUAAUAUCUGCUUAGACUACUUGUAUUUUCUCCUAUGUUUUUCUGAUGCUUGUUGAUAAAUGACAUGAUUUUUUUCAUGUAGCAAAGCCAUUUUAAUGCAGAUGUUCUGUUGACACCCACUGGUACAGCUCUGUAUCAGGAAAAGUGGAUAAGAAUGAAUGCAAACAGUGAUUUUCAUUACAAUGAGCGGGUAGAGUCUAUGCACACACACACACACGACAUGACUGUCAGAAGUACCUAUGGUGACAUAUUGACAUGGAAAUAUGAUUCGGUCUUGAAUCAUUGAGAAGUUUGGAAGCUAUGGAUAGUUCGUUUGUCAUUUCAAUGUACUUUUACCAAAGUCAAGUGAGUGUCACUGCUGAGUAGCUGUCACUAGAAAUGUAUUCUAGUUGCUAACUACAGAUGCCAUAAAUGUUCGAAAGGUUGUAUUCCAAAGUAUAAUGUUCUAUUUUUAGAAGAAAAAAACAAAACAACCUAAUACCCCAUCAUAAUCUUGGAGUAGUGGUAUUCCAAAACUGUUGAAAGUUUUUUGGAAAAAGCUUGCUGUAAUUUUUACUGGUCAACACUCAAAGGUGUAUUUUGUUAACAGUAUGUUAUUUUGGAAUAAAACUGGUUUCUUUAGUGGCAGUUGAGAUGCAGUGGUUAUUGGGUCACGGCUGUGACUUCACAAGAGACCAGUCGUGGAAAAAGCAUUCAGAUCCCUUAAGAAAAAGUACUAAUACCAUGACUCCACUACAAGUUUAAGUCCUGCAUUCAAAACUUGCUGAGGUAAAAGUACAAAAGUAUCAGCAUCAAAUGUAAAGUAACAAAAGUAAAAGUACUGUUUUAUUUAUUUUUUAAGAUAGGGCUCAUUUUCAUACUUGAUAUACUGUUAGGAGUUUAAUUAAAAAAUGUCUAAUCACUUUAAAUUGAUCAUGUUUUUAUGUUAAAUCUUGAACUGAAAAGUAACUUAAGCUGGCAGCUAAAUAUAGUGGAGUAAGAAAAGAAAAUUCAAGGUGCUUGUUCAUGUCAAGAACCUGGACGUGUUGUGAAAAUGACCAUAUAUUUGCUUACGAGUCUUUUCACCAAACUGACAAGUGCCUUGUUCCUCUCCACUAGUUGGAUCACACA